AUGAGGUUUAGCUCCUUGGAUGACCUGAAUCUGGCAAUCACGGGAAGACCCUGGAUCAUCCUAGGUCACUACCUAGCAGCAAGGAAAUGGGAACCCUGUUUUGACCCAGAUAAAGCCAAUAUCCACAAGGUGGCCGCAUGGGUUCGAUUACCUGGGAUCCCUCAAGAAUACUGCGAGUUUGCCCUACUCAAUCAACUGGGAACCAUAAUUGGUAAAGUGUUGAAAGUUGACAGAACUACAUCGACAGGUGACAGGGCUCGGUUUGCUAGAGUAUGUAUUGAGGUAGACUUAUCUCAGCCACUGAGAGGAGAGUACAUACUGGAUGGUUGUAGGAAAAAAGUAGAGUAUGAAGGCCUUUUCCUUAUAUGCCUCAAGUGUGGGAGAUAUGGGCAUAACUCAGAGUCUUGCCCAGACUUUAUCAGGCCUAUCCCUACAGAGAAAGAGGUUCCUAUUCCUGAACAAUCAAUAGGGGACCAGUGCCCACAAGGAGUAGGCCCAUGGAUGGUGGUUCAGCGUAGGAGAAGAGUACAUCAACAAUUCCAGAAAAAAGAGAUUGGUGGUGGUAGGAAAUUCGGGGAAGACAUAUCCAAUAAGAACCUCUCGAAGGAAGGAGAGACCAAUGUUGGCCCUUCUAAGACUGCCAGUGUUAAAACAAGGGUGACUAAGGAAAAUGAGGGAGAAAGGAGGACAAAUAGUUCCAAUUCUAGUGGAAUGAAUUUUACUGCUGCAGCAGUUAACCUUCCUAGGAAGAAUACAGGGCAUAAAACCCCUGGGCCACUAGGGAAGAAACAAGCUGUAAAAAAGCCCAACUCUAAAGGUAAGGAAGUGUUUCAACACACCUCAGCCGAUGGUGCCACAUCCAGUAUCUUGACUGAGCAGAAGAGCACUAGGGUGGAGGACCAGAUCAGUGUUGGGAACUAUAAAGGAGAACGAUGGGGGGACUUGAUGAUGGCUGCAGAAGCCUCUAUGGAGGAGGGAAUUCCUGCACAAUCAGUGGGGAACUUAGCUGCUGAUUUGAUGUCCAAUGUGAAUGGUGUGGAGGAGCCGGAUCCACCUGAUAAUAUCUGUCUGCAGAAAUUUAAGCAGAGUGAGGGCCAGACAGGUAUGGAGAUUGACCCCUCUCUAGGUGCUUCUCUUAUUAAUCCCAUGAAUUUUGACUGUAAUACAGCCUGUAAUACAGAGAUUGAUGUAGAUAGGGAGUCCGGUUCUGUUAUUCAGAGUUUAAGUAGCAAAGGGGCUGCUAAAAAACAGUUUAAGAGCACCUUUACUAGAUUUUGUAAGAAGCAUAAUGUAGGAGUGACUGCAAUUUUUGAGCCUAGAGAUGUGGGGAUUACUAUUAUUUCUCAUCAUGAACAGUUUGUGCAUUGUUGGGUGGAGUUCCCUGCCUCGAAAGGUUUAUUUUGGACUGCCAUCUAUGCUAGCCCUCAAGUAAAUAAUAGACAAGUGUUGUGGGAGGAAUUAAAGCAUAUUGGCCGAAAUAUGAAUGAGUCAUGGCUGCUAACUGGUGAUUUCAAUGAGAUAGCUUUGGCUUCAGAAAAGAGGGGAGGGGGACCUGUGGAUGUCAACAGGUGCAACCUUUUUGCUAGUGUGCUAAAUGCUUGUGGGGUGAUGGAUUUGGGGGGUGGAGGAAACAGGUUCACCUGGAGAGGUCCCAAGUUCCUUAAUUUGGAUAGGGUCUACAAGAGGCUUGAUAGAGCAGUGGGAAAUGAAGGGUGGAGAGCUGAUUUUGAGGAGGUUGAUGUCCUAGUUCUACCUAGGCUAUUUUCUGACCACAAUCCAGUUCUGGUUAGAUUGAGGAAGGUUGAUUCGUGCUGGAGGGAGAGGCCAUUUAGAUAUUUGGCUGCUUGGCAGAAUGAUGUCAGGUUCACUUCUUUUGUGAAAGCUAAUUGGAAGGCUGAUGCUGGCUUGCUGGACAACUUAACUUCUCUUGUUCCCCUGUUAAAGGAUUGGAACAAGAAUAUUUUUGGUUUCAUACAAGCUAGGAAGAACAAAUUAAUAGCUAGAAUGGAGGGCAUUCAGAGGCAGCUAAGCUAUUGUAACAACUAUAAACUUGAGAAGCUAGAGUCUAAUUUGAAGAAAGAACUCAAUUCUGUCUUAGAUCAAGAGGAGCAGUUAUGGAAAAAUAACAAGAUCUUGAAGCUUCAGGAUGAUAGAGGAUUCUGGGUGUCUGAAGAGGAGGAGCUUAUAGUUUUUGCAAGGGAGUUUUUUCUGAAUUUAUUCAUGGAUAAUUCUGAAGAACCUCUGUGGUUUCACACUAAUAGCUCUUGGCCGAAUAUGAGGGAAGAUCAGUUGAGUAGUCUGGAUGUGGACUUAUCUUUUGAGGAAGUGAAGAGGGCUUUCUUCCAAAUGCCCCCCUUGAAGGCUCCUGGAGCAGAUGGUUAUCCUGCAAUGUUCUACCAAAAAAAUUGGGAGAUGCUUAAAUCUCAAAUUUUUAAUAGCAUGCAGUACUACCUGAAGAAUCCAAGUCAGAUAGGGGAGAUCAACCAUACUCUGAUUGUGCUAAUUCCCAAAAUAGAUAGACCUUGCAUGAUGAAGCAGUUUCGGCCUAUUGCUUUAUGCAACUCUAUAUAUAAGGGUUUUAGUAAGAUCUUAGCCAACAGAGUGAAGCCUCUUCUAGAGGAGCUGAUUUCUCCUAACCAGGCAAGCUUUGUGCCUAGGAGGCACAUACAUGACAAUAUCAUCAUUGUUCAGGAGCUAAUUCACUCUAUGCAUAGAAUGAAAGGAAAAAAAGGAUUUUUCUCCAUUAAGAUUGACCUUGAAAAGGCAUAUGACAAGUUGAGCUGGAAGUUUAUAAGAUCUGUUUUGGAGGAUUUGCAAUUUCCUAUUAUUUUGGUGGAAGCCAUCAUGGGGUGUGUGCCUAGUCCCAGUUUGGAGGUGCUUUGGAAUGGUGUGAGAACUGACAGCUUUUUACCUCAAAGAGGAAUAAGACAAGGGGACCCACUGUCCCCUUAUAUUUUUGUUCUCUGUUUGGAGAAAUUAACUCAUUUGAUCCUGGAUGAAGUGGGAAGUGGGGCAUGGGUUCCCUUGAAAGCAGGCAGAUCUGGCCCUCCUAUCUCUCAUAUUAUGUUUGCUGAUGAUAUCAUUUUGUUUGGAGAAGCAUCUUUGAGCCAACUCAAUUGCAUUACCUCUUGCUUAGACAGAUUUUCCAAGAUGUCCGGACAGUGUGUUAGCUUUGAGAAGUCUUGCAUCUACUUUUCCAAAAAUGUCAAACGGGAAGAAGUGCAAGCUAUCUCAGAUGUUAGUGGUUUCAAGAUAGUCAAGAAUUUUGGAAGAUAUUUAGGAUCAAAGAUGAGGCAUGGCAGGAUAGGGAAAGACCACUAUGUUGAGAAUAAUAUGAUGCCUGUCCAUGUAUGCAAUGACAUAGAGAAACUGCAAAGGAAUUUCAUUUGGGGGGAUGAGGAACUUAAAAGGAAAGCUCAUUAUGUAGCUUGGGAGGUGAUGUGCCAACCAAAGGAGUGUGGAGGGCUUGGAAUUAUCAAUCUAAGGCUGCAAAAUGAAGCAUUCAUGCAUAAACUAGCUUGGCAGAUUAUAGAAGAUCAAAACAGCUUGUGGGUUCAAGUUUUGCUAGGGAAGUAUGGGAGGAAAGCUGACCCCAACCGAAGUCUAACAGCAAAGAAGAGUGAUUCAACUCUGUGGAGGAAUAUUUGCUCAGCUCGAAACAAGAUUUCACAGCAUCUUGAAUGGGUUAUUAGGAAUGGAAAGACUGCUUUUUUCUGGACUGAUCAGUGGGGUGGGUGGCAGAGGACUAUGUUGGACAUGGCCGCAACCAAGCCUCCUAUGGCAGAUCUGAAUCUUAAGAUCAGUGAUGUAGUCAAUCCUUUUCCAGGAGAGUGGAACUGGAGUUAUCUGGAUAAGCACUUAGAUGUUUCUGUUUGUAAUGAGCUAAGGAAGAUUCCUACUCCUAAACCCAGCAAUUCUGAGGAUGGCCUCUGCUGGAAGAAUUUACGUUCAGGGAGAUCUGUGGUGAGGAAUGCUUACUGCUUUCUAUUAAAAUCCAACCUGGAGAAGGAUAAAAUUUGGGAUUCUAUGUGGAAAUGGAAGGGCCCAUAUCGAAUAGCUGUAUUUUUAUGGCUAGCUUGCCUUGAUAAACUUCCUGUUAGGAGCAUCACUUGCCUUUGGAGUGGAGGGGAGGCAGUCUGCCCUACAUGUCUAAGGGAGAAUGAAAAUCUGAUGCACGCACUCAGAGAUUGUAAAAAUGCUAGGAGCAUUUGGGAGGCUUGGUUUGAUGGUAAGGUUCCUGCCAAUUUUCUCAAUAUUAAUGGUUUGGAUUGGUUCAUAAUUAAUUUGCACAAACCUUUCUUUUCGCGAUUUUGGAAAUCUUGGAAAGAGGUAUUUUUUGUUACAUGCUGGUUCUUGUGGAAGUGGAGUAAUGCUACUAUUCAUGAAGAAUUUUUCUCCAGACCUCAAGACCCUCUAUGCAGGAUUCUAAACUUUUUGAAGGACACGAAGAGGAGUAGCAGUUUAGAACCAUUCACUGUUGAUCAGAAUCUUGUUGGUUUUUCUGGUAUUCCAUUGCAGGCUUUAACUCAUGAAGGGGUCAAGAUUUUUGUAGAUGGAGCUGUGAAUUUAUCAACCAGUUUUGGAGCUUGUGGAGGGGUUGCUUGCUCUGCUCAAGGAGAUUGGCUAAGUGGCUUCUCUUUCAAUAUUGGCCCCUGCUCAUCUCUGGAAGCUGAGCUGUUGGGUAUUUUCCAUGGGCUUAAUUUAGCUAUGCAAUUAAAACUUGCUGAUGUGUGGGUGGGUUGUGACAGCAAAGAAGCUAUAGCUUGCUUGGAAGCUGAAUCUGAGGCUUUCCGGUUCUUUGGGUUGAUUGAUAAGAUAAGGAAGCUUGCUCUUUCUUUUGAUCAUUUUCUUUUGGAAUAUACUCCUAGGGAUGUUAAUACUGUUGCUGACUCUCUAGCUAAGAUUGGUUUAGAUUACAAGGGGGAAGAGUUGAAUCUGUUUCCCUUUCCCCCCCUGCAAAAAUAG